AUGUCGUCCACCAGCAACGCCUCCAUUGACAAGUUCAACGGAGAGAAUUACGCAACGUGGAGCCGGUACAUGCGCGGUGUGUUUUUGACGAAGUCCGUCUGGCACGUUGUCAACCGUGAAGUGACUCCGACUUUCACCGACCCGCGAGCGUCCGAUGACUACGUCAAGGCAAGCAACGUCGCGUUUGGUAUGAUGCUGCUGCACAUGAACGCGGACUACCAUCAUGUGCUGGACAACUGCGAGGAAGCCUGGGUUGCGUGGACAAGUCUGAAGACGCUGUACGGUGGGUCGCAGAAGGCAGGACGCAUCUACCUCAAGCGACAACUUUUCAGUAUCAAGAUGGCUGAAGGCGCGAACGUCAUGCAUCACUGCAACGAGGUCCUCAACAUCUCCGCCAAGCUUAGCGGCAUCGGUGCGAAGAUGGAAGACGAAGACGUUGCAAUUUGUCUGCUACUCAGUCUUCCGAAGAGCUACGAAAAUGUGGUGCUCAACAUGGAAAUGAGCAGCACCGAGCUUCGCACUCAAGAUGUGGUGAGAGUCCUGACGAAUGAGCAUGCCAAGCGUCAAGGAGAAAAAGGGACAACGACAGCGACUACGGUGAAGGCUGAAGAUGCAAGCAAGGCAUUCAGCGCCGAGCGUGAGCCCUACCAAUGCACGUAUUGUGGCAAGGUGGGACACACGGUGGAUCGUUGCUGGACAAAGCAGAAGAACGAAGGUCGGGGAGCCCGACGCGGCGGCAAUGGUCGUGGACGCGGGGCUAACAAUGUCCAGUGGGGACAUCAUGAUGAAGGCAAUGGCUACGAUCGAGUGGCGUUUGCAGUCUCGUUCGAAUGUGGAGUUUCGACGAGCAAGGACGUGUCUGGAAUGUGGGCCGUCGACAGUGGUGCAACGCACCACAUUUGCCACGACAAGACCAAGUUCGCAAGUUUGGCAGAGCGCAAUGAGGGCGAACUCUUGGUGGCUGAUGGCAACAAGGUGGCCAUCAAGGGUGUGGGAACCAUCAUGGAAAAGGUGGUUCUGCCCAACGGUGAAGAGCGUGAGAUCGAAAUCAAGAACGCGCUAUAUGUUCCAAGUAUGAGCAAGAACCUGCUCUCGGUGCCACAGAUUUGA